CCAUCUUGCAAUGCCAGAAAUGGGAAGUGAUUCUUUCCAAUACGAUGCCAUAUUGCACGAUUCCCAACCUCCACAUACAGGGAAGAUAUUCGAACUUCCGUGCAUGCAGUGUCCUUCGACUGCAAUCGCCAAGCUUUGUGGAGGAUUUGCACAUGACAUGUCACGAUGCAUGCAUGUGGCACAGGCAGAGGCAUACCAUCACCAGGCAGCUACCAUUCUCCCACAAGUUCAAUGACAACAACAAUGAAAAACUUCUUCGCCGGUCUCUUCGGCACUCACACGAAACCUCCGGUUGCGCCUCGCAUCCUCAUCUCCAUCUCAACAAACUCACCCAGUCUAUCAAAAUCCCACCCUGCUGAGUUCACUGUUACGCUCGAAGCCAAAGUCGACGCUCCUAAACCCAUCACGAUUGAUAGCUGGAGGACCGUUCUCGAUUCCGGUCACCUAGCACUGGAUUAUGAAGGACUCACAUUCAAAGACUGCGGGACUGGGCAGUUCGCUCCGCGAAUUGUGAUUGAUGUCUUCGCUAUUCCGUCUGCGGUUAUCAGUGCCGACUCAAAGUAUAUCGUCGAGAUCCCACCAAGAACUGGGGAGAAAGCAUACAGUGUGGUGCAUAAGUUCAACGGGGAAAGUCUGGCGGAUAAGGUGCGGCUUGAUGAUGAGAUGAUGAGGAAACUGGAGGAGGCUGCUGAGGAGUUGAGGAAGAUGGAGGAGAGUUUAGGAGCGUGUACAGGGGUGAAGAGUGAGAGGGACGAGAGGGUGGAAAGGUAUCCGGAGAGUGAUGUUGGGGGAUUUGAAGUUGGGUGUACGUAUGAGAUCGGACUGGGAUCAAAGAUGGCGAGCGUGGGUUCGUGGAGAUGGGGGAGUAAGGUGGAGGUUUUUAAGGAAGGAGAGAAGCAGAAUAGGGAGGAGUGGAGGCAUAGAGAUCUUGUGGAGAUGGUUUUGGAGAGGACGGCCAGGUUUGAGGUUGUGGAAUAG